CACUGGGAACUUAGUUGAAAGAUACUCCUAAAGCAACACAGUGGACUGGCAGUGGCUGGAAAGUACUGAUUGGAGGGAAAACAGAAAGUAAUGAAACAGUGAUUUUCUCUGAAUGCCUGUAAUAACUCUUUCAAUUUAAAUUCUGUGUAAACCUUCCAGUGCAUAACAUUAUUGUACAAGACCUCUUCUAGGCAUCUUUUUAAGUCAAGCAUCACAUAGAGGGACCAUUUUUUCAUUGGAGACUGGCCACAAGAAUGCAAGUUUUAGCCAAUUCCCCACUUUCUGCUAGGCUUUGCACUGCUGUGAAGUUUCCUUUGUGUUGAAGAUGGCCCCGACGUGCUUGCGGCCCCUGCUGAGGUACCGGUCCUUCGCCAUCCUCUUCCUCACGCCGCUGCUGCUGCUGCCGCUGCCGGUCGCCGUGCCGACGCCGGAGGCCAAAUGCGCAUAUAUCAUCAUCAUCAUGGCUGUGUACUGGUGUACUGAAGUGAUCCCACUGGCUGUUACCUCCCUCAUGCCUGUGGUAUUUUUCCCUCUGCUUGGAGUUCAGAGCUCUAAAUCAGUGUGCUUGCAGUACCUAAAUGACACAAACAUGCUCUUCGUUGGAGGGCUGAUUGUUGCAAUUUCUGUUGAACAAUGGAAUCUUCACAAAAGGAUUGCGCUGCGGGUCCUGCUGAUUCUUGGGGUGAAACCUGCACUCCUCAUGCUGGGAUUUAUGAUAGUCACUGCCUUCCUCUCCAUGUGGAUAAGUAACACAGCCACCACUGCUAUGAUGGUUCCCAUUGUCCAGGCUGUCCUGGAUCAAAUGGACAACACAGAGUAUGAUGUGACCAUGAUGGAACAGGCAACCGGGCAAACAAAUACAGUGAUUGAGCUGGAAGAAAAGAAUGCAUCAGAUCCCACUUCAGUGCAUGUCAUAAGCAAUGGACAAGUCCCUGAUGACCCCAGAUCUUCUGAGGAAAAGAAAAUGAGGAAGCGUAUAUGUAAGGGAAUGACACUUUGUGUAUGCUAUGCUGCCAGCAUUGGAGGGACUGCAACACUCACUGGAACAGGACCAAACAUGGUAUUGAAAGGCCAGAUGAAUCAGUUAUACCCUAACAAUAAUGAUAUUGUGAAUUUUGCUUCCUGGUUUGGGUUUGCUUUCCCAAACAUGAUUUUGAUGUUGGUACUAGCUUGGCUUUGGUUACAGUGCUCCUUCAUGGGACUCAACUUUAAAAAAAGCUGGGGCUGUGGGACAGAAAGAACUGCUAAAGAAAAAGCUGCAUACAACGUGCUGAAGGCAGAAAUGAAGAAAUUGGGCCCCAUCUCUUAUGCUGAAUUCAAUGUCCUCUUAAUGUUUGUUUUGCUGGUUCUCUUGUGGUUUUCCAGACACCCAGGCUUUGUAAAAGGCUGGGCCACCAGGCUCUUCCCAGAAGGAGAAAAGUAUAUCACUGAUUCUGCUCCUGCUGUGUUUAUUGCCCUGCUACUGUUUAUCCUUCCUGCUAAUAAACCCAAAUUCAUAGGCUGGAAUCCAAGCAUGUCUGACCCUGAACAGACUGAAGAAGAUAUAAAAAAGCCAUUUUUAUCAGCCCCGCUGCUAGACUGGAAUGUGGUUCAGAGGAAGAUGCCCUGGAGCAUUGUGCUGCUGCUGGGAGGAGGUUUUGCUUUGGCUGAUGCAAGCGCAAACUCUGGGCUCUCAGCUUGGCUGGGUCACCAAAUGACUCCACUAGGAUCUAUCCCACCAUGGGCCAUUGCAACAGUACUUUCACUUAUUAUAGCUGUCUUCACCGAAUGCACCAGUAAUGUUGCCACAGCCACCCUCUUCCUACCUGUCUUUUCAUCCAUGGCUGCAUCUGUCAAGAUCCAUCCUUUGUAUGUUAUGCUGCCUGGUACUCUCAGUGCUUCCUUUGCCUUCAUGCUACCUGUUGCAACACCACCAAAUGCAAUAGUGUUUUCCUAUGGCCACAUCCGUGUUUUGGAUAUGGUUAGAUCUGGCAUAGUAAUGAACAUCAUUGGAGUCUUCUGUGUCACGCUGGCCAUCAACACAUGGGGAAGACCUAUGUUUGAGCUGGACACAUUCCCAACCUGGGCAAACAGCACAACUAACCAGUGAGCAGUGAAGAAUUCACAUGUUAAACAAGGAAAGGACCCUUAAUACUACUCCCUGUUGCCCAAAGCCCUAUAUAGAGUCUCAUCACCACUUCAGAUCCAAUGUCAGGUGUUUGCUGCCUUCCAGGAGUCACACAUCAGUUCAGGCAUGAACCAACUCAAAUUUAUUCCGGUCGUGCUGGAGCCAAAAGUGCUGUUUAAUUACAUAACCCUAAGGAUCAUGUGUCUGGAUCAUAAGUAUGAUCAAGUGAUCCAUUGUACCUCCAGUCAAGGUCAAGAUUUAGAAUUUAUUGAACUUUAUUAAAGAGAGGGCAGGCUGUUGUAUAAAAUGGUUUGAACUAUAGUAUCACUGGUAUGUACUUGUAAAUCAUUAGCAUUGAACAGUGCACUCAGGCAGGGGCUGAAAAUUCAUGAACUGUUACUUAUAUCCACAAGUCAGCAGCUGUACAGAGAAAUCCCUGUUGUCACUUGUCUAGUGAAAGAAGGAGUAUGUUAUGUUAUGUUAUGCUAUGCUAUGCUAUGCUAUGCUAUGCUAUGUUACAUUUUGUUAUGUUAUGUUAUGUUAUGUUAUGUUAUGUUAUGUUAUGUUUUAGUCAGGCCUCAACCAUGUGGUGGAGUCCUUCCAAGUCAACAUCCAACCCAUUUUCCAUAGCCUUGUUUUCACUCCCAAAUCUCACUGCAUUUAGACACCCUUAUUGAGAGUUGAGAUGACAUAAUUCCAUGCUGGUCAUGAUUCAGCUGAUGUCUUGGGCAAUGAUGAGUUAAGGCUGGCUUUGUGUUUCUUGCACUGUGGCACUGGCAGAGCCAGGAGCCUUUCCCUCUCUUGGUCACAGGAUGCGGUUUCACAUGCCAACCAGUGUUUUGUUAGCGCCCGCCUGGAAAUGACCAGUGGCCUAUAGGACUUCACACCUAUUGUGAAAGUUCCUGGAUUAGACCCUGAUGUGCCUUAUUAAUUAACUGGAAUUUUGGACUGGAGACAAGGCAUGAGAAAGGCUCUAAUUAAAGGCCUUGUAAAAAUUUAGGGGCUCAGGUAUUAGGGCUUGUGCUGGCUGACAGCAACGGGAGUUGUCUUGUGUACUUUGGAAUUCAGGUCCUGUGAGAAAAGUGUUUUGUAGCACUUACGUAAUUUCUGAAGCAGAAGUGGUCUACAGAAGGAUUGGUGUUGGACUAGGUGUAUUUUGUCAGUGGUAUGUGGAUGCUUUUCAUUUAGCCCUGGAGAUGAAAUUGGGUGGGAGGUAAGGCAGUGUGUUACAGUGGAGACGUCUGUGGGCAUGACAUGAGUUCUGCUCCCAGACUUGCUGUGCAGCCUCACGCAAGUCAGUUCACCUCUUUUUGCCUCAGUUUCCCCUCCUGAAGAAGAUGUCAUGGUACCUAUCUACCUCACAAGGGUGUUGUGAGGACAUGAGGGUCAAAUUCUGCACCCAUGAUGAUUUCCCAUUUCAGGAUAAGGGGUGCAAGGUAGAAGUUAUAGAAUCACAGAAUCAUAGAAUUCUGGCCAGAGAAUUCUUGCCAGAAGACCUGGCCUCUAGCAUAGUAGUGUGUGUAGGAUAUUUAAUAGUUUUGUUAUUAACGUGACUGUUCUUUAUAGAACUGGAAAAAUACUCACAUUUUUGUCUUUAAAAGUGAGGAAAGUAUUUAUCCACAAAAUGACAAGGUGCUUUUCUGAGCAGAAAACUACUUCAAGAAUGAUUUUAUUUUUGUGCCUUUAUCUUCUUUGCUCUUUCAAGGUGCCGGGCACCAUAAACUUUCCGCUGACUGUUGUUCCCAGGUGCUUCCAGUGGCACCCUGUCUACUGAGCUAGCUGCAUGUGGUGCAGGCUCGUACCUCUUCCAUGGAAUGGUGGAGCAUGUGGAUAAACACUGUUCCACUUGCAGAGUCUGUCUAAGGAAGAGGCCUGUUCUGGUGCCAAGAAGUGGCUUGGUCACGGGCAUUUGUCACCACCUGAAGCUUAUCACAGUAUUUGUUUGAAGAAAUUGAAACCAGGAACAGUUAAGCACCUUCUGUGCUUUGGCAGUCACCCCUUAAUGCUGAUUUGUAUCUGUAGGUAUCUAAAUGCAUUUGAGAAAGGGACUUUUCCUGCCUUCUGAUGGGCUUCACAGUAUGAGCACAUUUCACUGCUGCCAGGUAAUUCACGGUGCUUGCUCUUCACUAUUGCAAAUAACAUACAGUGGAUCUUGCAUGGGUGGGUAACACUGAGCUUGCCUGUCUCAAUUCAUGCAGAUGAAAACUCCUCUAAAACCACUUUCAGCUAAAAGCCGUAAGACAGACACUUCCCUCUCCCAUUUGCAGAAAGGAAUGUUCUGAAAGUUUCUUGAAGGGGAGAAAGUGCCCUCAUCUCAACUAGGAAGAGCUUCCUCUGUUGCUGUGCAAGUAGAAAACAAAUGUUAUUUUCAUCAGUGGUCACACAGGAUGAUUUAUUGACAGGAGCACCAGGGCAGGGGGAAUAUACACAUGGGGUAAUAAAGAAUGCUGGUUUUAUUAUAACUGUGGUCUAUUUGAUGUGUCACCUCUCUGGCCUGUUAAUAUAAAAUGUUUCUUUCUGAGACACUUUUAUGACAUCCUGUGAUUGAUUUGUAUUUAAUUUAAAUGGGAGAGUUGCAGAAUUAGAGCCUGCCAAAUAAAAAAAUUACUAGAACUGUC